CGGCCUCCGCGAGGGGUGGGGAGGACCGGCCAGCGCUUCGGGGUGCGGGCUCGGGGGCGCUUGCCCGGCUGCUGGCGCGCCCCACCCCCACCCCCCCGAGCGCCCUCCCGGCUCCCGGCGCGGCCAUGCCGCGGAGCCUGCGGAGCUGGCUGGGCGGCUGCCUCCUGAUGUCAGCAUUAGGAAUCGUGCCACCUCCUGAAAACGUCAGAAUGAAGUCAGUUAAUUUCAAGAACAUUCUACAGUGGGAGUUGCCUGCUUUUCCCAAAGGCAAUCUGACUUUCACAGCUCAGUACCAAAGUUAUAGGAAAUUCCAAGAUACAUGCACAAGUACUGCCUUGACAGAAUGUGAUUUCUCAAGUCUUUCCAAGUAUGGUGAUCACACCUUGAGAGUCAGGGCUGAAUUUGCAGAUGAGCAUUCGGACUGGGUAAACAUCACCUUCUGUCCUGUGGAUGACACCAUGAUUGGACCACCUGGAAUGCAAGUAGAAGCACUUGCUAAUUCUUUACAUAUGCGUUUCCUAGCCCCUAAAAUUGAGAAUGAACCUGAAACAUGGACCAUGAGGAAUAUUUAUAACUCGUGGUUUUAUAAUGUGCAAUAUUGGAAAAAUGGUUCUGAUGAAAAGUGGCCAAUGACCUGUCAAUAUGACUUUGAGGUCCUCAGAGAUCUUGAGCCAUGGGCAACUUACUGUGUUCAAGUUCAAGGGUUUCUUCCGGAUCGGAACAAAACUGGGGAAUGGAGCAAGCCUGUGUGUGAGCAAACAGCCGAUGACGAGACGGCCCCGCCCUGGACUGUCGCCGUGGUCCUGGCAGCCUCAGUGUGCGCGGCCUUCCUGCUGCUCGGCUGCUCCGCCCUGCUGUGGUGUUUGUACAAGAAGACUAAGCACGCCUUCUCCCCCGGGAACUGCCUGCCACAGCACCUGAAAGAGUUUUUAGGCCAUCCUCAUCACAGUACGCUUCUGUUUUUCUCCUUCCCACCCUCUGAUGAGAAUGAAGUCUUUGACAAACUGAGUGUCAUUAUGCAAGUCUCCGAACACAGCAGGCAGAAUUCUGGCGAUGGCUGCACCCCUGGGGUCCCGUCUGGGCAGGGGUCCUCCGAGCCGGUCCCUGAGGAGGGAGCACAUUCAGCAGGGUACAGCACCCCCCUCCUUCUCUCACCCACCUCUGACCGUCAGCGGAGCGGGAAACCCCCUGAGCAAACCCCACAUCUAGAACUCUCAGACUCCAGGACAGCAUCUAAACAACCAAAGAGCUAGAUUUUAAAGGCUUGCUUGGCAAAAACACUCCAUGGUGGGAAUGUGCUGCUUUAUAAAGGCCUCACUGAUUUAAAAAAAAAAAAAAUUGUUGAUCACUGGGGAGUAUAAUUUUCAGCCUCUUCUGCUCACUAAUAUAAGAAACAAGUUUUAAUUAGAAGAAACAAAAAUAGUUAAAAUGAGGACUAACCAGAGGGCCAAGAGACGGAUCCGAAAAACAGCCUCAAGUCAAAAGUGGUCAGUGAACUUUCUGGAUUCUCAGGGAUACUUGGACUGGAUUUAUUUUGCUAUCUGUGUAUGUUUUAUAUAGUGCUGGUGCUCUAUUAAAGUUUUAUUCUCUAUUU